AGGACUUUGUUUUUUUCGUGAAUUAAGAACUAGGAACUAAAUAUUGUGUCACGAAAAACUUGUUAAUUUUCUUUAUAAAAAUAAACAGAAAACGAAAAAAUGGCAAAAAUAUCUUGACUCGACUCGAGAACACUGAUGACUCGACUCGGACUCGACUCGAAAAAUGGCUUGACUCGCCCAUCUGGUUUGGAAUAAUGAAUAUACCACCACCAGUCGAUGAAGAUCAUUAUACACAUUUAGAUAAAUAUAUAUUACCAUUUGUUAGUCAAUGUAAAAUGAAUCAAUGAAAAAUGUUGUUGAUGAUGCUAUAAAAAGUAGUGGUACAACUGAUUUAACUGUUAGUGGCGAUGGAUCUUGGCAAAAGCGUGACUUUUCUAGUGUUCAUGGUGUUUCCACUAUUAUUUCAUCGAACACACCAGCCAAAAUAAUUGAUACUAUUCGUUAUUCCAAAAAAUGCUCAAGAUGUCAAGGUACCCUUAGCAUGAAACAUUCUGAUAAAGAAAAAUAUAAACAUAUUAUCAAAAACGAUGUAUGUGAAGCAAAUUUCAUUGGUUCAUCAGGAAUACAUGAAUUAUUUAAACGAUCACAAUUAAAAUAUUCAGUAAGAUAUACGAAAUACAUCGGUGAUGGUGGUUCUAAAAUAAUGCCACGAUUACGCGAAGAACCACCAUAUGAUAACGUCUCAACAAACGAAGAACCAUAUCAUAAGUGGCGUGAUCCAAAAUGUUGUGGUUACUGGAAAAGUUUACAAUUAGGUGAAGAUUAUGAUCAUUCAAGUCAUGCAUUGCCACCCGCAGUAAUGAAAGCAGUAAAACCGGUCUUUCAAGAAUUAGCAUCAGAAGAAAAUCUAAAACGUGUGUUAAAUGGUUCAACACAAAAUCCUUCAACACAAAUCAUUCUUAAUUUAGGUGAAGUUGGUUAUUUUACAAUAAUAUCAUUGAAGCGUAUUGAUAAAGCACGUAUUUAUAUACAGCAUAAAGAAACAAUAAGAAAAAUAAAACAAAAAACAGCUAUUGCUAAUAAUAAUGAUGAUAGUGAUUUUGAUAGUGGUGAUAUAGAUGUAUUAUACAGUAUGAUCGAUAAUUCUAACGAUUAUGUUCCUGGUGAAUAUUAG